GUAGUGAAGGCAAUUUAUUAGAAAAAGGGGCACAACGUUGAAGUAUUCGGACAUGGGAGAGACUGAUAGAACUACCAAAGAUACAGGUGAAGUCUCUGGUGCUCCUGCUUCGUCCUUUUUGAAAAAUACGGUAAGUGCCAAAAUGGCAAAUAGUGCUGGUAAGGAUGUGGAGUCGAACACAAAGGCCACAGAUGAGGACCUGGGAUCCCCAAAACCGCUAUUGAAGAAAGAUUCUUUGGAGUCUCCUAGUGUUUUGGCAAUCUCGAAUUUGCGUUGCCCUUCGCCUCCUCCCAUUCUUCAACAUGCAAGAUCUUUGAGGAAUCCUAGCGAUGGUAAAGGCCAAUCCAAUGAGGUUGGUAAUAAUGAAAGAGAUAAAAACAGGGAUGGGGGGCAAGAUACCGGUUUGAAUGGCAAAAGUGCAAUAUACGGAAAUCCUGUCAUCAAUGUUAGCUCAAUAGGCAACAGCAGUGAUAAUAACUGCAGUAGUGUAGAUAGCGUCAUCGGAGGGAGCCAGCAGUGUUAUCAGAUGAUGGAAGAAAAUCCUUCUAUUUCCAAACUCCUAGAUACAUCACUGAAUUAUGACGGGAUGGCAGCGGCUCAUGCUGUCACUGCUUCUAUGGCUGCAGCAGUUGCUAGGGAUAAGUUCAUACAGUCGGAUGCUUCAACUUCAGGAGGCAACGAAUCGGAUCUGAAGCUUUCUGAUUCAAAGCCUCAAUUUCAUCAAAGGACCUCUUCUAUGCAUGCUCAUUUCUACCUUGAUGAUACAUUAAAGCACCCAGCGGCAUCUAGAUCCAGAAGUGGGUCGGCCUCUAAUAGUGAUCCUCUGCUGAAGCCUGCCUUUGAUCUACCAUCAAAUCACCUUUCAAACAUAACUGUGCAGGCUGGUGCUCCUCUGAAGGACAAGAAGCAUAGCCCUGAGUAUCGCUCAAAUUCAAAUGGCUCGCAGUUGAAUGGGUCUAUUCAGUCGAUAUUGGCACCAGGUGCUGUGUCAACACCAUCGUCUUCCUCUGCUGGAAACAGUAACUCAGGCAUCACAUAUUCCACCAUUUUAGGGAAUCUAUCACAGACGGCUUCUGGGCCGGCUUCAGUUGCUAUGGGCUCUGUUUCAGGGACAGGAACAGGUACAAAUUCAAGCGCAAUAUCACCCUUAAGUGUGUUUGCUAGGCUUCAGCAUGAUGAUGGUAAGUUACAUAUCUUGUUCGGUGCAUGUGGUUCAGUUUCGAUCAAAAAGACAAAACUAAUAAUCAACAAGUUAGAAGAAAUAUACAAAGAAAAGGUGUCAAUUCAGCUAAUUCUUACGGGCUCUGCUGAGCAUUUUGUGUCGAAGGGUGAGUUCCCAGCAAAUGUUUUAUUGUGGAAAGAUAAAGAUGAGUGGAGUACAUGGAACAACAGAACUGAUCCGGUGUUGCAUAUCGAAUUGAGAAAGUGGGCAGACAUACUUAUCAUAGCACCAUUGACUGCCAAUACAUUGAGUAAGAUAGCAUUGGGAUUGUGCGAUAACUUGUUAACUAAUGUUGUACGAGCGUGGAAUAGUCAGUAUCCUAUUCUGCUUGCACCCGCUAUGGUAUCUUUUGCCUACACGUCGGUCAUAACGAAAAGGCAUGUGAAGGUUAUAAGGGAGAAUAUGAAGUGGAUUGAGAUUUUAAAACCUACAGAGAAAGUUAUGAGCAGCUACGGUGAAAUUGGUAUGGGUGGUAUGAUGGAUUGGAACGAAAUCGUUGUCACAAUUGUUGAAAAGCUUGGUGGUUAUCCUGAUGACGAGGACGAGGAAGAUGAUGACGAUGACGAUGAUGACGAUACUAGAAGCGGGAAUAAUAACAAAGAUGAUGACGACGACGACGACGAUGAUGAUGAUGACGACGACGACGACGACGAUGACGACGAAGACGACGAAGACGACGACGAAGAUGGAGAUCACGAAGAUGUGCAGGAGCAGAGUGGAGAUACUAGUAAUGCUGGUAAUGCUGGUAAGAAAAUGAUAAAGGAAGGAUUGGAGUUCAAGAUCGAACCCAAGAAUAACGGUCCUGGUGAAAGGACGACGCCAAUCUUGUCGACUACAACAGAAGAAACAACGGAACAGUGAAGUUUUUGCCUGUGCAGUAAAAUGUGUAUAAUAAUACCUCUUCGUAAUAAUGAUACAAUCCCGUACUAGUUAUCCUGUAAUUUAACCAAAGUGGAACCGAUACAGCAAUGAAGAAACU